UGAGGAAUCGCCAGGCCGUUAUGGUGCGAGAGGUAUCGCAUUGUUUACAGGCCUCAGGAGCGCGGACUUGGUGUUGCGUGUUGAAUGCCUGGGCCGCCUUUCCCCAUUGGCAGGCGCGACUGUUCGCGCCGUGAACGUUCACCGCAGAGAUACCACAGCACACCCAACAGAUCUCGGAGCCCAUCGCCAUGGCAGGCUUAAGCGCCCAAUGGCGCCUCUGCGCACAACCUCUUCGGCCCUCUCUCACGCUCACUCUCACUUUCUCUUCCCCGCACCCAAGCAGCCUGAGACGCAGUGACCCAAGCGCCGCGCGAGGCUCCUUCCUCCAGGCAGCAAGCCAGCCUAGUAGCCCCUCGUACCCAAGGCCUGCUUCACCUCACCCGCGAGCGCUCGAGCUCUUCCUCUACAGAUAAAGCGCCCUUCGGCCCCCGCAAUCUCGCUCUCUACCUCCAACCGCAUGCGACAAGCCGACCGCAACCCGAUUGCCCCGCAAUGGCUACAACCCAAGCUGAGGCUACCCUGACGGGCUUGCCGCUCGAGAUGCGCUGGAAGAUCUUCGAAUUCGCUGCUGCCCGCGAUACCAAGCCUAAGAAGGUCCUCCGCUACUAUUUCGAGAAGAAGGAGGUCAAGGAACUUAUCGCGAAGAACGCGGCCAACAACCCCGACGGCGUGACGCCGCAGGUCCGAUACAAUGACUCCUAUGACGAGGAUAGCGAGAUGGGUGUCGACCACGAGGGCGAGGAGAAUGAGCAAGACGACCAGGAUGAGGACGACGAGCAGGACGACGGUGAAGAUGAUGACGAGGAGCAGGUCGACGAUGACGACGAAGAUGGGGAGCAAGACGAUGAGGCCGAUAAUGGCAAUGAGGAGGAGGAUGUAGACGUCGCAGAGGAUGAGGGGGACGACGGUGGGGUCCCUGAGGACAUGGACGGCGUGGAGAAUGAGGAGGUUGAGGUUGAGGCUGAGGCUGAGAAUGACAACGGCGAGGGUAACAUUGCCGGCGAAGAAAACGAAGAGGCCGCCGCCGAAGCCGCCGAGGAUGCAGAGAGCGAUGGCGAGAAUGAUGAGGCUGAUGCUGAGGCCGCUGAGGAUGCGGAGAGCGACAUUGACGAGGAAAUGGCCGACGCAGACGGCGACACGGCCAACGCCGCUGGAACCACCACCCAGACUGCUCCUCCGCCUCCUCCAGCUCCCAUCGUCAGGCCGCAUGGUAAAUGGCGUCAUAUCCCGAAGUUCUUGCGUAUCACACGCUGCCCGCCUCCCGUCGAGCUCUUCCUUGUCUCCAAACAGCUCAAUGAUGAAGCCAAGGACUGGUUCUACAAUGUCGCUGUCCUGAAGAUCGACGCCACUGGCAGCUUCGCCCAUACCAGCUUCUUCGAGGAGGCUCUAGGCCAGAUCGCCGACGCCGCUUUCUCUCCCAUGGAGAGCAUCCGCAAGGCUGAGGUCACAUUCGUAUGGGACAGCACCUGGAUCCGCUCAGAGUCGACCGGCUUUGCCGGGAAUGUAUUCCCGGCGCUGCUCAUGAAUCGAGCUGAGUAUGUGGUCAAGAUCUUGAAGCAAGCACCAUACCUCAAGGACGUGCUUAUCUAUUGGCACGACUCCGCACAAGAUGUGCAGAGCGAGAUGUUAAAGAACGACGUCCUGGAAGCCUUUCUAAAUCUCAAAGGCGACAUUAGGGUUGAAGAGCACUACAUUGCUUCAGAUGCGAAGCCGCACGUAAAGAGCACCGCAGGCAAGCGUCGGAUUGAGUUCCAGAAUAUCAUCGACAACCCGCCGGAGUAUUUGUAGGUAGGGACUAUACCUGCCUGUCCUGAGCUAGCGUCUAUUUCUAGGCCGCUCUAAACCCCGGCAUUCGGUUCGCACAUAGCACGGUCUCUGUCAUCAUGCGGAUAGGUUUGGCUCUAUCACCGACGGGAUUCAUCCCCUUCAUUUGGUCUGCAGACGCUAUGGCCAUGGCGACUAACGGAUUCAUCGAUUAAUCAAUACGCUCUUUCGCGCCUCAGAUAUCUUACACAUCCAUGGUAUACACGGUCAUCAUGUUUAUGGAUCUGGGAAUCGGCGCUGGCCGAGAAUGGCGUUUCGGGCGAGGACAAGGUUGGCCUGUCCAGGUAAUUCCAAUGAAAUAUCUAUUUGAUCUCC